AUGUCGCCCAGCAGGCGUCGCAAGGCUCCCACACCCUUGCUCUCAAUUUCCCCACCCUCAUACGCGGUCCUUGUAUUGCUUUUAACCUCUGCGUUCCUGCUCGGUCUCGCCACUGACUUCAGCUUCCUGCCUCGCUUCCACUGGCCUGAUUUUGCAGCUCACAAAGACUUGAAGCCUAGUUAUGAAUUUCCAGACUUCAACAAAGUCAUCCAUUUUCGUACCUUGUCAGCGCGCGACGCGGGUUUAGACGACCCUAGUAGGCGACUCCUUGUCAUUGGUGAUGUGCACGGCAUGAACGGCUCCCUUCACGACCUCCUCGCUGCAGCCUCAUGGAACUCCAAUACAGACACCCUUAUGUUUGCCGGGGACAUAAUGGCCAAAUCUUCUCAUUCCGGCUCCCUUGCUGUCCUGGAUUUCAUCACUAGACAUGAGUGUGGUUCUGCACCUGGCCGUGUCCACGCCGUGCGCGGUAAUCAUGACCAGAUGGUCACUCAAUGGCGCGCUUGGCGCGACUGGUUUGAGCCAUUGGAGCUGCAGCUGUUGUCUUCAUCUGUACCACCGCCAUCAUCGGAUACCCGACCGGGUCCUCCGGUGCACACAGGGCGCGCGUUCUUGGACCUGAUUGAGUCGGAAUGGGAAUAUGCGCAGAAACACGAUCCGAAGGGCUCGAGUGACCCCGAAGAAUGGGCAGACAUUGCACGCAAGCGUGCGGCGGGCACGUGGCGCUCAGAAUGGUGGCGCCGUGUUCCGCGGUCAGGAAAGGGCCAUGCGAACAAAGAUUUUAUCAUUUUUGCAGACCACUACUGGAUAGCUAAAGACAUGUCUCAAGCACAGAGAGAGUGCCUAUACUCUAUGCCUCUAGUAUUGCAUGUACCAUCAGACCAUUUUUUCGUAGUCCACGCUGGUCUCCUCCCCUCGGACCCGAAACGCCCGCUCAUGGAUAAGCGCCAGCCGCUCGCACAUCCCCCUCACCUGAUUUCGGAAUCGACUGACGGACGUACGAGGGAUUACGACGAGAUCUCUGCUUAUCACCCCCCUGCUUCUCAGAGAGCGCUUACAGUUCGUCCUGAGAGCUUGCCGAUUCGGAAUAGGACAUCGGAGAAGUUGCGUACGGCUCAAGAGAUAGCGAUCCUUACAGAUAUCGCAGAUAAUCGAGAUCCCUGGGCCCUCCUAAAUAUGCGCGGUGUCCGCAAGUCGGGAAAGGUGACACGACGCAACGACAAGGGAAAGCCGUGGAGCAAGCUGUGGAACAACCAGAUCAAGAGAUGCGGGGGCUUCGACACCUGGAGUGAAUCCGAGGACGCGGACAGCGAUGUGCUCUCUUUGCCGUGUGAGCCUGCCACCGUCGUGUACGGUCAUGCAGCGACCCGAGGUUUGGACAUCAAGCGGUGGAGCAUGGGCGUGGAUACAGGAUGUCUGUAUGGACGGCAGCUGACUGCGCUUGUCCUGCAGCGCAAAAGUAGCAAUCCAGAGGCUCUACCUGGCGAUCAUUUGGGCGAUGACGAUGACGAGGAGGAGGAAGAAGAAUAUGGUGGUGGUGAUGACGAUGACGAUGAGAGACGCGGCAUUCGUGGGUCAAGCUCUUUGAACUCGCAGAAGCCCAAGAGGAAGCCGAAGAUGGGUCGCGUGCAGUUUGGGGAUGACGAUUCGAGGAUUGAUGCUCGAAUCGUCAGCGUCGAGUGUCCAGAUGGGGCCGAUGCUGAUACUGAUUUUGAUUGA